ACAAAAAGUAAUAAUAAUGAAUCGUCUUCUUCAAUGAAAUCUAGUGAUAACCAUUAUACACAUGCAUAUCCAUUGACCACAAAAAGUAAUAAUAAUGAAUCGUCUUCUUCAAUGAAAUCUAAUGAUAACCAUUAUACACAUGCAUAUCCAUUGACAACAAAAAGUAAUAAUAAUGAAUCGUCUUCUUCAACGAAAUCUAAUGAUAACCAUUAUACACAUGCAUAUCCAUUGACCACAAAAAGUGAUAAUAAUGAAUCGUCUUCUUCAAUGAAAUCUAGUGAUAACCAUUAUGGAUAUACGUCUGUAUCGACCACCAAGAGCCAUUAUAAUGAAUUAUCUUCUCCAACGAAAUCUGAUGAUAACCAUUAUGGAUAUACGUCUGCCUUGACCCUGAAGAGUAAUGAUAAUGAAUCGUCUUCUUCAAUGAAAUCUAAUGAUAACAAGUAUGCAUAUACAUCUGAAUCCCGUACAAAGGAUCCUGUUGAUCAAUCUGCAGCUUCGACGAAAUAUAUUUCUAGUAGUUAUGAAUGUAGGUCUUGGGUGAAUUGA